CCGCAGCCGCCGCGGCCCUAGGGAUGGGCGGAGCCCAGGCCGCUAGCGCUGGGGGCCGCCGCGGCUUCCCAAGCCGGAGACCGAGCUGCCUCCUCUGUUCCCGCGCGUCGCUGCUUCCCAGAGCGGCGGAAUGCUGGGGAAAGGGGUGGUCGGCGGUGGCGGUGGCACCAAGGCGCCAAAGCCCUCCUUCGUGUCGUACGUGCGCCCUGAGGUGCAUUGUGGAGCUGGUUCCUCCUGGUCAGGAGGAGCCACCUGGGUGCACACAGAGAGUAAACUCUGAAGAUGAGUUGGCUUCUCCCUCAACCCUACCCAGCGAGGAAAUUCACACAAACGAAAAGGAAGUAACAGAGAAGGAAGUAACUCUUCACUUGUUGCCAGGUGAACAGCUGCUUUGCGAAGCCAGCACCGUCCUGAAAUAUGUGCAGGAAGAUUCCUGUCAGCGUGGAGUCUAUGGGAGACUUGUCUGCACAGACUUCAAGAUUGCCUUCUUAGGCGAUGAUGAAUCUGCAUUGGAUAAUGGUGAAACUCAGUUUAAGAAUAAGGUUAUAGGAGAAAAUGACAUUACACUCCACUGUGUUGAUCAGAUAUAUGGAGUGUUUGAUGAGAAAAAAAAAAGUCUCUUUGGACAACUGAAGAAAUACCCUGAGAAACUCAUCAUCCACUGUAAAGACCUCCGAGUGUUCCACUUUUGUCUGAGAUACACAAAGGAAGAGGAAGUCAAAAGGAUUGUCAGUGGCAUAAUUCAUCAUACCCAGGCCCCUAAACUUCUUAAGAGAUUAUUUCUGUUUUCCUAUGCAACUGCUGCACAAAACAAUAUAGCUACUGAUCCCAAGAACCAUACAGUAAUGUUUGACACACUUAAGGACUGGUGCUGGGAGUUGGAACGGACCAAAGGCAAUGUGAAGUACAAAGCAGUGAGUGUCAAUGAAGGCUAUAGAAUCUCUGAGAGGUUGCCAGCAUACUUUGUUGUCCCCAUCCCUCUUCCUGAAGAGGAUGUGCAACGCUUUCAGGGUCAUGGCAUACCAAUAUGGUGUUGGUCCUGCCACAAUGGAAGUACCCUUUUGAAAAUGUCAGCACUGCCCAAAGAACAGGAUGAUGGUGUUUUGCAAAUCCAGAAGAGCUUCUCAGAUGGAAUUUACAAAAUCAUCCACAGGCCACCCUAUGAAAUUGUUAAAACCGAAGAUCUAUCAAACAACUUCAUAUCCCUGCAGGAAAUCCAGACGGCAUACUCUAAAUUUAAACAGCUAUUUCUGAUAGAUAACAGUACUGAAUUUUGGGAUACGGAUAUAAAAUGGUUUUCUCUCUUGGAAAAUAGCAGCUGGCUUGACAUAAUCAGACGUUGCCUGAAAAAAGCGAUAGAGAUUAUAGAAUGUCUGGAAGCACAAAACAUGAACAUUCUUCUUUUAGAGGAAAAUGCCUCCGACCUCUGCUGCCUCCUUUCCUCUCUGGUGCAAGUGAUGAUGGACCCCCACUGCCGAACAAAGACUGGUUUCCAGAGCCUCAUCCAAAAGGAGUGGAUCAUGGGUGGCCACUGUUUCUUGGAUCGCUGCAACCAUCUCCGCCAGAGUGACAAGGAGGAGGUUCCUGUGUUCCUGCUUUUCUUAGAUUGUGUCUGGCAACUGGUGCACCAGCAUUCUCCAGCCUUUGAAUUCACUGAGACUUACCUGACUGUGUUGUCAGACAGCCUGUAUAUACCUAUUUUUAGCACCUUCUUCUUCAAUUCGCCUCAUCAAAAAGAUACUAACAUGGGUUGGGAAAGCUUAUAUGCACAAAGCAAGCCUUUGAAUCUGCUCACCGUGUGGGAUUGGUCUGUACAGUUUGAACCCAAAGCCCAGACAUUGCUCAAAAACCCUCUCUAUGUGGAAAAGUCAAAACUGGACAAAGGCCAGCGGAAAGGAAUGCGUUUUAAACACCAACGACAACUUUCUUUGCCACUCACCCAAUCUAAGUCAUCUCCCAAAAGAGGAUUUUUCAGGGAAGAGACAGAUCAUUUAAUUAAAAACCUUCUGGGCAAGAGAAUUAGUAAACUUAUUAAUUCUUCAGAUGAGCUACAAGACAACUUUCGAGAGUUUUAUGACAGCUGGCAUAGCAAGCCUACUGACUACCAUGGUUUGUUGUUGCCUCACAUAGAGGGGCCAGAAAUCAAAGUCUGGGCCCAGCGCUACUUGCGUUGGAUUCCAGAAGCCCAAAUUCUAGGUGGUGGCAGAGUGGCUACUAUGAGCAAACUUCUGGAAAUGAUGGAGGAAGUCCAGAGCUUACAAGAGAAAAUCGAUGAGAGACACCACAGCCAGGAGGCCCUCCAGGCAGAGGCCCCCUGCCUGCUGAGGAACUCUGCCCGCCUGUCCUCUUUAUUUCCUUUUGCUUUGCUCCAACGACAUUCAUCCAAACCCGUCUUGCCCACCAGUGGCUGGAAAGCUUUGGGAGAUGAAGAAGAUCUGGCCAAACGAGAAGAUGAGUUUGUAGAUCUAGGAGAUGUGUGACUUGUGUGCACAGCGGUUGUGAAAAAGCCUUGUGGGAGAUCGGGACAGUUGAUCCCUGGACUAGUACCAUGCUAAGGCUGGGAGGGUCAUUAGCCUGGUACUCUUGGAGAAAACCUGGGCCUUCAGGAAAAGAGCUGGUUCUCAUUUUUUUUUCCCUUGUGGCUAUGAAAGACUAUGCAAUUAAAAUCAUAUCUCUAGUGUUACUAAUUGGAACAAAUUCCUAUAUGACCCAUCAUAGAUUUGUGACUAUUUUCUGGUGCCUGAGUAUUAUAUACAACCUGCAAUGGAAGGUUUACUACUAGAAAGAAUUUUGGAAAGAUGUUCUUGAACAUGAUACUUUCUUCCAAUCCUUUCUGUGCCAAGAUAAUUUAUCCGAUACUGGGAAUGACUUCUCUGUAACUCAUCACAGUAAGGAACAAGUUCAGUUUUAUGUGGUAUUUAUAUGAGUUGAAAGAUUGAGAUAGAGGUAAUAAGACAUGAUAUUACUUUAAUGAUAGCAUUUUCCCUUUCUGUGUCCCCUUGUCUGUAGAAAAGCUGAGAAAUUCUGUGAUAUCACUCAUCCUAACCUUUAGCCCCUCCUCCUCCUUCCCCAGACUGUGUCAUGGAUUGCGUCAUGUUGUAGGGAGGUGGCAGUGGCUAACCAGCUACCUACUUUCUUUCCUGUGCUGACAGCUCCAGUUCUUUCCUCUGCCUGCUUCAUGCUACAUGCCACUGUCCCUUCCUGCUGCCCACCUUGGUGCACAUUGUCCAGGGUCUUGCUGCUAGCCCUAUCAGCUGAACUGACAGAAUCUCUUUGUUUGCCCAGAACUUCGAUUCCUCUGGAGUCUCAGUGUCUAAAGAGCCUGUUUCGCCUUCUUCUAAUCACGUGCUACGGCUCUGGAGCACCUGUGACUGUGCUUUUCUGCAGCAGCACCUCAGUCACUUCCCCCACCUUCAUGGUUACCUUCACAGGCUGCUGACUAGGUCACUUUUGAAUGUGACUUUAAUAGGAAAGCAGUGAAGCAUGUGUCAGAAGUGAUGAUUAUCACAUGAUACCUCAGUGAUUUAAAAAGCCAUAGAAGAAACUCAGUGAUGCCUGGUCACCUUCUUGGAUCUACUGUCUAAACGAUAUAUAUUUUUUAAUGUAGAAAAGUAUAAUUUGUAAGGACCAGUGUUUUCAUUCUCAGUGAAACCCUGUCAAAUCCCACAAAAGAAAAAAACCUCACGUUAGAAUAUUUCAAAGUGAAUGUUUGCCUUUUAUAUACAUUUGUUCUCCAGGAUAGAUUACAAUUUAAAUAUUAGAUGUUUAGAAAAGCUUUCAGUUGCUCAAGGGCAAUAAGAAAAUUUGAAACUUGAUAAAGAUAAGUUUCUAAUUUGCACUGAAUUGUCUUCUGUACAUACAAUCAUUUUGCCCUUUUCCCAUUUCACCUUAAUGCAUAAGCCAGGUUGGUCUGUUAAGAAGACAGGUGGAGGGAGGGCAGCAUUCGUGCAUCUAGGGGCCAAACACACACGCAGUCUUGGUUGCCUUAAGAGUCUUGUGAAUGAGCUGGGCUUUGUGGCACACGCCUGUAAUCUCAGCACCUCAGGAGGCUGAGGCAGGAGGAUUGCAAGUUCAAAGCCAGCCUCAGCAAUUUGGUGAGGCCCUGUCUCAAAAUAGAAAGGACUGGGGAUGUGGCUUAGUAGGAAAGCACCCCUGGGUUCAACCCCCAGUACCUAAAAAUAAAAAAAUUAAAAAAAAAGAAAAGAGUCUUGUAAAUGAGAUCAGAGUUAAACUUGCAAUAGGGAUUUUUUUAAAUAAUUAUUUCCUUAGCUACCUUCACAUCUGUUCUGUGAGCUUUCUUAAACUAGCACUAACCUCCACUUACAUAUCUGCACCUUUGCCUCCUAGCUGCACUAUGGAGCUAACUAUUUUUGUUACCGUAUUAUAAUAUGAGUAUUUAUACAGUCACCUAUUCAGUCUUAAUAAUUUUCAUUCCAAAAAAUGCGUGGUGUGAUACUUUAUACUCCACGAAGUAUGGUUUAAAGGCACAAGGUCAUGGCCCUUGUCAUAGCAGUUGAAUGUGCAUUGAAAUAUUUUUCUAUGAUUUUUUAAAUUACAAUAGAAAAAUAAGUAGGCAAGCAAGCUGUUAUAACAUGUAAGGUCAUGAUGAUUUAUGUAUUUAUAUUUGAAGUAGAUUUCUAUAACUUGUAUUUGUGUACAGAAUUCUCAUUGGGUUUAUAUAUUGUAAAAUUUAUAUUCAAGGUUGAGAUGUGGAUUAUGCUUAACAGUAAAAGCUGAAACAAGACCAUUUAUUUUGUUUAAAUGCUGCACUGUGUAAGUUUGGAAUCGUACAUCAAUAAUUUACUGUAUAUAAUGUCUCAAGUUUGUUUAUACCUCCCAAGUUUUUACACUGAAGAUAAACUAGCUUUAAUUAAAUUCAAAGGUUUUUUUAAAUUAAGGGAAUAAGCUGUUAGGCUAAAUCUGUAUAAAUGUGCUUUUUAUUUUCUGAAUGCACAAUGAAAGUUUAUACUUGUAUCUUACUGCAUCAUAUCUGAUUGCAGAAAUUAAAGCACAGUUUAUAAGCACUACUGUA